CGGAGGCAGCUCUUCCCUUCUGCCCCACAGCUGCUAGGGAGGAAAAGGUUGACCUUUAGACUAAAUUCUGACUAAAAAUCAACCUUCCCGAGGUAUUUUUUCCCCUCGGUUGUUGCUGUUGGGGGGGGGAAAAAAAAGCACAAAAACUGCCCAGCGUGCGCAGCUCCUUGCCUCGUCCUCAAGAGCGUCUCCCACCCUUCACCUCAGCCAUGGUGAUGUUCAAGAAAGUCAAGACCUUCCUCGUGGCUUUCAGCGAGCCCGAGAAGGUCUACUGCAGUGGGGAGAAGGUGGCAGGGCGCGUGGUGGUGGAGGUGGCUGAGGUCACCCGCGUCAGCGCCGUCAAAGUGCUGGCCUGCGGCGUGGCCAAAGUCAACUGGGCCAAGGGCCCCCAGCAGUGCAAGCAGGAGAUGGAGUACCUGCGCUUCGAGGACGUGCUCACCCUGGAGGAGCAGCCCACUGAUGGGGAUGGCUCUGUAAUCCUGAGACCUGGAAACAAAUAUGAAUACAAAUUUGGAUUCGAGCUUCCCCAAGGGCCUCUGGGUACCACCUUCAAGGGAAAGUAUGGCUGCGUGGAUUAUUGGGUGAAGGCUUUCUUGGAGCGCCCAUCCUUUCCCACUCAGGAGAUAAAGCAGCGCUUUGAGGUUAUGGAUCCUGUUGAUGUGAACACUCCAGAAUUACUGUCUCCAGUUGCUGCCAAGAAGGAGAAGAAGGUGUCCUGUAUGUUCAUUCCUGAUGGCCACGUGUCAGUCAGCGCCCAAAUUGACAGAAAGGGAUUUUGUGAAGGUGAUGAGAUCUGCAUCAAUGCAGACUUUGAGAACACUUGCUCCCGGAUUGUGGUGCCCAAAGCAGCCAUCAUUGCCAAGCACACCUACCUGGCCAAUGGGCAGACCAAGGUGUUCACCCAGAAACUCACCUGUGUCCGAGGCAACCACAUCAUCUCAGGCAUGUCCGAGUCCUGGCGAGGCAAAACCAUCCGUGUCAAGAAGCUCAAGCCAUCUAUCUUGGGCUGCAACAUCUUGCGCGUGGAGUAUUUCCUGCAGAUCUAUGUCAGUGUCCCAGGCUCCAAGAAGAUCAUCCUGGAACUGCCCCUUGUCAUUGGCAGCCGGUCAGGCAUUGUUAGCCGCAGCUCCAGCAUGGCCAGUCAGACCAGCUCCGAAAUGAGUUGGGUGGACUUGAACCUUCCUGAUGCUCCGGAAGCACCCCCAUGCUAUUUGGACAUUGUGCCCGAAGACCACCGCCUGGAGAGCCCCACCACUCCCCUCCUGGAUGAUCCUGACAGCUUUGACAGCCCCAUCUUCAUGUACGCUCCGGAGUUCAAGUUCAUGCCACCACCCACCUACACAGAGGUGGAUCCCUGCAUUGCUAACAAGAAUGUGCAGUGAGUGCCAAGUAGAAAGUUACUCUCCCACUUUUUCUGGACUCUAAAUCUGCAGUGAUUUAUAUCUAGCAGCAGCACAGACCAGGGUCUUAAGAGCCCUGCUGCAGGAGGAAACGGCUGCACAAAGGGCACACAUCACUAUAGCUCCCAGUGAGGCUCAACUCAGCGAGCGUAGAAGAGGUGAAGUGUGUGAGUCUUUGUAUUCCCUCAUGUGCUGACUGCCUUGACUUGUACCGAGAAGUUCUCAUGUGGCUCAGGGGUUGUUUAGGACCUUGCUUACAGCCAAAGUCUUCCAGAGAAAAAAAAAAAAAACCAAAACAACAAAGGUGCUUAUGUGGAAACUGGCGGAAGAUCCUUGUGUGGAGCAGGGAAGGCGUAAACGCCUCAAACAUCUCGGUUAUGGAAUCCUUAGGAGAGGCAGAUUCCAGCUUAAAAAGACAUCAAAAGAUGUUGGUAUGGCAGAAAUUACCAUCACGAUGCCUUGAAUCUGAUAAUACUGUCGUCAAAGGCAGAUGAAUACAUGACCUGUUUGUACAUGUUUGUUUCAUGUCUGAAAAGGCACCAAAGUGUGCAAAGAUUGUAACUAAACUUGUUCCUUUGAUGGGGGGGGGUUAUUGCUCUUGCUUAAGCUAAAGCCUUUAAUCUCAAAGCUUCCCAGUGUGGAGGGCAGUGUGUCCUGCAGUGAAACUGCUGGUUGAAGCACUUGCUCUCUCCCCUUUACAAAAGGGCUACGCUGAGAUAGAAAAUAACGCACAUCCAACAAUUUAAGAAAGCAACAACCCUGUUAAGUGAAGCUACUUGUAGUCUAGUAAGUGCUACUUUGCAUGCUAAUCUGGUCUCAUUUGCUUCUUAGAAUUUAAUUUGGAAGCUCAGCUCUGCAACUGAGCCAGUUUGUGUCAUGUGAUUAUCUUCAUUGUCUUUAUCUUGAGUUAUGUUUUCUGAACUUAGUAAAGCCAUGGAAGCUAACGCUCCCAGCGUGAUGGGAAGAAUCACUGUCCUGUCUGUUGUACUCGAUUUGCUUUUCGUAGGUAACCAAUGCACCAGCCUCCCCCCAGUCAUCACUUUUCAGUUUCAUUGGCCUUUGCAGGACUGCAGAGGCUUUGCUGCUGGUAUCCCAUCAGACAAGCGAGCUGAAGGCUCCUUGUGUCCAAGCUGAAUUCCCUCAUGCAUUCUCCUUCCUGGCUAUCCAAACACAAGUCUCCCAGCAGUUCUGACCAAAGCUUCAUCUUGUGGUGCCAAAUUGUCCCAUCUUGUGUGAUGUCUAGAUGUCAGGAACAGGGCUGAUGUGUGCAGCCCCGACCUGAGCACAGUCAGUGAAACCAAAUCCAUGACUGGGGAUGGCUCUUCUGAGGGAGGUGAGCGCUUCAGCCCCUUGCCCUGGGUGCAUUGUGUUUGCCUGCUCCAGAUGCAGGAGAAGAGCACUUUCUGUGACUGUAGGAACCCAGCACUGCGUGUCCACAGCCUCAUUUCUGAUGGCUCUGGCAGGGCUGAGCUCUUAAAAAUCACAACAGCUGCCUCUGACUGUCAAGACACGAAUCAGAUAUUAAUGCAUUCUUUUUUUUACUGUUAUUUUAUAUUUGUUUUGGGGGGGAAGGGGAAAAAAAAAUCUAUAUUUUGUACUGCUGAGAUUCUACAAACCCCUAUGGGGUGGUGUUUUUAAUAAAGGUUUCUAAAACUGAA